AUGAAAGUUGGCGAGCGGAUUGGCGGAGGUAGUUAUGGUAAUAUAUUUUAUGCAUACAAUACCGCUAAUAAGAAGGAGCUUGCAUUGAAGAUAGAAUCUGAAAAAACUAAAAGAUCACAAAUUUUUAAUGAAUAUAGAGCAUUAAAAUGUUUAGCCGGCUAUGUUGGAAUACCAAAGGUCUAUUUUGAAACAUGCUAUGGUAAUCAGAAUGCUUUUACAAUGGAACUCUUAGGUGAUUCACUUGAAAAAUUGUUUGAGCGAUGUGGCAGGAAAUUCUCUCUUAAGACAGUAUUAAUGCUUGCAGACCAGAUGAUCAAAUGCGUACAAUAUAUCCAUACAAAAUCAUUUAUUCAUAGAGACAUCAAACCAGAAAAUUUCACCAUAGGUACUGGACCAAAUUCGAAUGUCAUCUACAUAAUUGAUUUUGGCCUUGCAAAACGUUACAUUAAUGGACAAACGCUUACUCACAUCCCAUACCGUGAAGGACGAAGUUUCACAGGAACUACACGUUAUGGCUCAAUAAACGAUCAUCUUGAUAUUGAACAAUCGCGCCGCGAUGAUAUGGAAUCUCUUGCAUACACCCUUAUUUAUUUCUUGAAAGGUUUUUUACCAUGGCAUGGCUGCAAACGAGAGACAUUUCAAAUCAAGCUCUCUACAUCAGUAGAAGAAUUAUGUGAAGGAUUACCUGUUGAAUUCUCAAUAUUCCUACAAGAUAUGAGAAAAUUAGAUUUUGAAGAAGAACCAAAUUAUUCGAAAUAUCUACAGUUAUUUAGAUCCCUAUUCCUUAAUUCUGGCUUUGUUUAUGAUGACGUGUACGAUUGGACUCUUCUUCCUGAAGAACCACCGCGUCCUCAUUUCAAACAAGAUGUAUUUAACUCCAAGAUAUCGAAUGAUGAUUCCUCUGACUCAAUCAUCAAGACCAAACAACCACAUAGAGAAAAAUCUGCUGGUACAUCGAGAUUAUCUUUAAUAUCAUUGCCAACACAGAACGUUCUUGCUCAGUCAGGAAUAUUCCUUACUAAGAAGCCUCCAAAGAGGCUUUCUCUUGAGACAAACCAGACUCUACCUUCAUUAUUUAAUAAGUAA